CGGAACAUACCCUAUGAGACACAUAAGAUGUAACUUGAACAACUUAUAAUUGUAAAUAAACUUUCAAUACACAAUAUCAUGUUUCAUUAUAUUUCCUUAACUCCAGGACAAAAGUUCCCAUGUUUGUCCGUGACUGCAUCAUCUGCUACACGUCCGACUACACCGUCGUGGAGUACAAGUACCGCUCGUACUCUGGUUCGUCGUGCGGCCGGGACCGGCUGAGCGAGCGACUCGAGCGACUGCAGGCGGGACCACGACACUACUAUGAGAUCGAUGCGGAUCCCCUGGUCAUAUCUACUGAAGAGCUGGAGUCGCAGCAGUUGGAAUCGCAGCCGUCGAGCGGGCGGCAAUCUGUAGCGUCGGUCGCGUCGGCGUCGUCGGCAUCGUCGUCGUGCACGGACAUGGGGAUAGGUGUGGGGGCGGGGGGUGGCGCGGGGGGCGGGGCGGUCACUCCCCGCAGCUCGUGGGCUAGUCUGGAUCUGCGCAGUUCCUGCUCCGACCCCCUCCUGCCCGACCUGUUCGACCGCAAACCGCCAGACCAGCUCGACGCCCUCAACGAAGCUAAGAGAUUGGAGAACCGUCAAUCGGAUCUCCUUGGUCUUUACACGCCGUACUUGGACGAAGACGAAGCUGUGGAGCGACGGUUAGCAGCGGACAUGCCCUGCGAGGUGAUGGGACACCGGAUCCUGGUUGUGUGCCACCAGCUCAAGUUGGAGUUGGACGUGGAGCCACUAUUCGCGUCAAUGGCUCUGUACGAUGCCAAAGAGAAGAAGAAGCUGUCGGAAAACUUCUAUUUCAACUUGAACUCUGAGUGUACGAGGCAAAUGCUCUCCGCGCACAUUCCUCACGCGGACCUCUCCACGCUGAGCCGCAGUGCCGUGUUCGAUAUACAGAAUCCGUCCUCUGAUGUGUUCCUGGUCGUGAGGGUCGAGAAGGUGCUUCAAGGUGAUGUCAACGAAUGCGUCGAGCCUUAUAUCAAGGAUGAUAAGAAUCGUGAGAAAGUACGUGCAGCAGCUCAGGCGGCCUGCACUCGGUUGGGCAAAUAUCGUAUGCCGUUAGCGUGGAGCGCCGUCUCUCUGCUGAACAUACUGAGCGGCUCCGGCAGUCUAGAGCGGGACAGCGAUACACAUCCGCAACCGCAUCCCCACCCACACCCCAACUCCAAUACCAACAGUCUCGGUGAGUGACGCACUAAAUUUGAGAUAUGGCAGU